AUGGAGCCAAUGGCAGAGCCCAUGGCUCUGCGACAAGCUCGUGCCUCUCCCCGUACGCUCACGUUGCCGCGGCCCGAAGUGUCAGUGCCCAUUCGUCGACAUUACAGUAAGGUGGACGUGUCCGACUUGGAGCCCAGAUUGUUGGUGCUGGAGCAGAAUGUCGGGAAGAACGCCGACCUUUGCGCCAAGAUCGAAGGCUUCUUCGAACGUGUGACGGCCAGAGUCGAUGCCAUUGAGUCCAACCAACUUUCAAAGGACAUCCUUUUGGACCUACAAGCGAAAAUACGCGACAUUGAAGAAAAGGAAUGGGAGAAAGACACGCACCAAGAGGCUAAGGACACACACCAAGAGGCUACGGAGACCAUCGCUAAACGAAUGUCAGAAUGGAAGAUCACCAUGGCGAAGCACAAGGAGGAAUUGGAUGCUACACUGAAGGUCACAAUGACGCAGCACAAGAAGGAGCUGGAUCGUGCUGUGCUUCGCUUGAAUGAACGGUUCGAGACCAUGACCAAAGAUUUGGCUUCCCUGAAAUCCACCUCUAUGACAUCGUUCUUUCAAUCUACCCAACAGAUCUUAGAUCUGAAAACCAUGCUUGCUACACAUGGACAGGAGUUGCAAGAGUUGAAGAAUUUCCGAGACUUACGGGAGGGCUGGUUGGAGACUUUCGAGAAGAAACUCGCUGACAUGGAGGACAGUGUGGCCUACAGCGAGAAAGUGCAUGUGGAGAGUUGUCAUGCACUGCGCGCUCAUGUGGGGAGUCUCCAAGCAGAGGUGGAGGAUCGUUUGCAAGAGGUGUGGUUAUUCCAUGAUGAUCUUGGUGGGCGAGUGGGAAAAGUGGAGCAAUAUCUUUCAAGGCCCUUUCACCUUGAACCAUCUCAAGCCUAUGGUGAGCCGACGACCUCUGAGCCACAAAGCCCUCUGCGCAUCCCCGUCUCCCGCGACGUCGGCGACAAGUCAGCCGCGACGUCUCAGCCCUUCGACUUGUCUGAACCUCGGACGCCCGAUGCCUCUGGUCGGAAUGCCAGAAGGGGUGAACUUAGAUGA